UCGAAGCUUCCGACAUGAUCUCCCCCUCAAGAUAGUCCGUCCCUGACCUGCAAUACCUAGCGAGACGAUGCAUCAUUCGAACCGGUCACAUUAGCCCCUGAGUCUUCUCAAUUGAGUGAAAGGUCCUCCACCCCGGAGACGAACUGGUCGCCAGAUGAGAGGAGCCAGAAGUUAUAUAAACCCUUCGACCACCGGGCCAUUGGUCUCAAUCAUCCCAACAGCAUCUCUCACUCUCCCAAGCCUCCUCCACUUCCACCACCAACCAACCAACUCAAACACCAUCUUCAAGCUCACGCUUCUUUCUUCCACCUUCAAGAUGCAGCUCAGCGUUGUCUUCAUGGGCCUCCUCGCCACCCUCGCCAUUGCCCACCCCUCCAGCCCCGUUAUCGGUAGCAACGGUGCCACUGGCGACGGUGCCACCGCCGAGUACAACUCGGGCAACUCCGCCGAGACGACCUACCACACCGGCCCCAGCGUCGACCAGACCUCGCAGGUCGACAAGGGUAUCAUCGGCGAUGGCGUCCUGAACAACCUGAACAAGGAUGGCAAGAUCUUGACCGGCUCCCUCAACGACCUCAGCGUCUUGGACAACAACGACGUCAGUGUUCUGUAAGCGAGUUUCCGAACUGCGCCACAGCCAUUGGCUUCCACGUCAAGGUCGCGCUUGUGACCUUGCGAGGGUACUUUCUGAGUGAUCAGAUAUCUAUAGGGGUUGACUCGAGGAUCAAGGACCUGAAGUGAGGUGUCUUGCUCGUGUGUAUCUAGGACUUUCUCUUCUGAGGUUGAUAAUAAUUUAAUCCAAAC